GUAUGUAGUGUUUCAAUUUCAAAGUAGCUAGCCUAAGGCUUAAGAAAAACAGAACUAGUUUCUUUUGAUUUUAUCAUUUUGUUUACCACACAGAGGACAAGAUGUUAGCGGAGAACAUCCCUAUUGCAUCCAGUCCUGUUCCCAUAGCGACCGUCAACUUGGUUCAAAACACAAUGGAAGUGAUGACACCGGCUCAACCAGAGCCCGAACUUCUCACCUGGAAAACACGACACCAGGAAGAGCAGGAGGAUCUGUACAAGCCCCCCUGGGUUCCCUCCAGGUCGCCGUGGGUUACCAUCGCUCUCGCCUUCUACGAGAUUACAGAGAUGGUCGUCAUGGCAAAGACACAUCCACCUGUUGAGGUCCAGCCCCUUCAGAUGAGGUCCCAGCAGACUCAAGAAGAGGAACAAUCACCUCCGACAACACAAUCCAGCAGGAAAGCCAUCCCAAUGGGUUCCAGUCCCAGGGGGGUCCUGUGCCCCUAGGGGCCACUGCACAGCUGUAAUUCCCAACAGGGGACCCAUCGCCUGUAUUAUCAAGCAACUGAAAACCCUCCAUGAAUGUCACAAAACUGACCCAUGAACUCAAGGGUGACUUUCAUAUUAUGACAUCAUUUGUAUUCUCAUUUUGAAAUGGAACUACAUGGACACAAAAUAGGAAGAUACUUUGCUGUGCAAGUGACCUUUGUAUGGAUUUUUAAAUUAUGUUUAGGAAUGUUGCACAACCUUCGAAAAAGCCUGUCCGAUUUAAACAAAAGUGUGCCUGUUUGUGCCUGUCGCUGGUAGAGGGCAACACUGUCCGGGCACUGUGCCAGAGGUUUGUGAGGCUUCUUAUGAUUGUGUGUAUGUUUGGCCUUUAUUUCUCUUGUGAAACACUAUAAAUUAAUAUAAAAGGCUUUUAUUGGGUUAUUUGUUUAAGUUACAUCUGAUUCAAAUUCUGGGUCUAAAAACCUGAUUAAAAGAAUUUGCAAAUAACUAGAUUUUUACAUUUUCUGAAGAAAGUUCCUAUCUACUUGAAUUGUGAAAUACUGAAUUCU